GUUCUUUGUCGUAUCCGGGUCGUUAGACACGUGAUAUGUGUUAUAAAUUUUGCUGGUCAGCUAUUUGCCUCAGGAGUUGUUGAGUUCAAUCCGUGAGGGUGACACGUCUACUUGGGGUUAGAUAUUUUCUUAUUUGAUUCGACUACUGAAGAUCAGGAAUGACUCAAGAAACUAUUGAGAGCGAGACAGACGAAUUCUGUAGAGAAAAUAUGGGGUAAGUUCGAUGAAACUCUUAUUUUAAUCACUCGGGUGAUGUAAUAGCACUUGGAAGCCGGCAAGGGUAUGUUUCCCGGGAAUUACGAUCUUCGCAGAAAUUCUUAUUUGCACGGUUGUUAAUCUGUUAAAUGAACCUUUUCAACUAGAUUCUGCUUAAAUUUUAACGCAUAGAGCUUGAAAAUGUGACUUUAUUCACAAGUUUAUACAUGAGGAUUGUAAUAUUCGAGGACUUAUGUUUUAGUGUUCGAUGUUAACUCGUGACUCACACAGAACGCACGGUCGAACUUGUACUGGUACAAAGUCAAAUUAUUCUAAGAAAAAGGGCAGAGCAAGGCGUAUCCACUCAAAAUUGCUUCUUUCAUAGCUGAAUCGAAUUCAUGUGGUGUUUCUGCAAGAUCAUUUCAUAAUACAUUGCGAACUGUUGGUCACGAGUUUCCACUUAGCUUCAACGCCUCUGAAACGUUACAGAACGUAGCUUACAUCUUUCAAACGUAGGUGGUCAUCGAUUUUUGGCUUUAUUCGUUGAAAAUUCGGGCUUCUAUUCUUUUUUUGUCAAUUUUUUUUAGUACUAGAUGAAGUUAAGCCAAGAAACGGGAAAAUUCCAGGAUUUUAAAUCUACACGAAAUGAUUUGAAAACUGCAACAUACGAGCAGAUGACGUGUUUAUUGAAUUUCGAUUUCGUUUUGCAUCUAUAAUUACUGAGGUCACGAGACAGUCCAGUUGAAAUCAGACCGACCAAAUCAUAUAGGUCUUGUUCUAAAAUUAAUUUUGCAUCAAAAACAAUUCUUGCUACAGUACAGCAUCCCUUCAGUAUUUUUGUUUCCUCUAAGCUUGCCUUUAAAUUGUUUUUCGUAGUUAGGAGGACAGGUGGAUAAUUAUGCAUUUUAUAAACAAUGUGUUGCUGAAUCAUUUAUCCGAAUUGUUUCAUCAGAUCAAAUAACUUAAUAAUAAUCGCUAUCGUUCGACAUUUUAUUUUUUUCAGGGAUAUGGUUCAUAGACUGAAAAUACGUUGGGCCUUGCAAGAAGUUUUAAAUCAAGCACAAAUCAAUGGCCAUUUGGUGUGUGGAGUGCACAAUGCUGCUAAUGAACUUGCCAUGUAAGUUACAUAUAUAUAUUUGUAUUUCCUUCAUGUUUUUGAGAUUAUGAGUCAGGGUAUAGUUUGGGGCUUCAUCAAAAUAUUUUAAACCACUUGGAAAUGUACAAAAGUUACCUUGGAUUUGUUAAAAAAAAACUCUGAAUAUUAAUUUGGGAAGUAAGACAGAAGGCACAAAAAGGGUAAUAUAUAAGCUAUUGAGGAAUGAGGUUAACAAAGGAUUGAAAAUAUCAACAAAUAUUGCAAACAAAAAAGUAGGAAAGUUGAGCUCCAUUUUUUCUAAGAUUUUCAAAGCAUAUAUCACUCACUCUUACAACAAAUACAGCUUACAAGGGCAUGUGUAAGGUCAGGUCAUAGGUUAUACAUGACAUCCUCACUCCUUGUCAAGCAGAAGUGGUUAUUUUUAAUAAUUUAAUUGGCCCCCCUCAUUUCAGUCACGUUUUAGCUCUGCCUUGGUCAUCUUCCCCCACAAAGACCCUUUUUAUCUCUGUGACUUAACAGAAGGAACAAAACUGAGGAUCUACAUGUAAGGUCUUUCAAACAUAUUUUUAUUUCUUGUUAUUGUAGUGACCUAGAUACAAUAGGAUUGUGUGUGUUGGUAGAAAACCCAAGAGCAGAUGCUGGAAUCCAGGUUCACUGCCGACUAAUUGAGGCAUAUUGCUGGGAAUGUGCAAUCCCUGUUAUUAAGGUGAGUAAUCAUGAACAAUUUGCAUUUUUUUGGAUUAAAAAUUAGCAGAGUUUUAUAUCAUGUCGCCCUUGAUUAAUGAUUAAUGAUUAAUGAGGUCUUUUUUUCUCUCUGUUACCAGGUGAACAACAGCUGCAAGCUGUCUGAAAUGACAAAACAUCACAUGAUGUUAAGAGAGCCACUACACUGUGUUCUUGUCAAGGUAUAAAAUGCUCCAUGAAUUAAUUUUUUAAUUAAAUGGAAUUUUUUAUAUAACUCUAAAUAAAUACAUUUUUUACCUCUGGAAGGAUUUACAUCUUCCUCUCAUUUAUUAACCCAAAAUAUAAUAUUGAUAGUUUCCUUUUGUUUCCUUUUUUGUAGAACCUCUCAAGUGAUGUAGAGUCAGUUUCCACUCUGCUGCAGUUUGCACGUCAUUCACCAGCUCCUUUACUUAAGAUUACAUAAAUGGAGGGAGAGGAGUAGUGAGACACAGAAAACGUCAAAAAAAAGUUGAGCAUCAGCUGUACAGUGUGCCUGCCAUACAAGUAGUGAACCGCUCAAGACAGGUACAUGCCAUAACAGAGGAAAAAGUUACAUAGAAGAAAAAAGAAACUGCAAUAAAAAAAUUGUAUUACCCUAUGUAAUGUUAAGAACAUAAGAAAAAUAACAAAGGGCACAAGUGUACCCCUGAUUUACCAAUAAACAAAGCACUUUGUUAAGUUAAAUUGCCAAAUUCGUGGAAAUCACAUAAAAACAAAAACAACAAAAUCCUUUCUGGACCUAUUUAUUGUUAAAGAAAAAGUUAAAAAAGUUGUUAAUUGCAACCUUCAGGAAAAAAACCUGUGUUAAGAGAAAAAAAAAGGGCCUUGAUGGAGCCCAGGUUUAAGUGACAUAUCAUAAUGUUCUAUUUUAUCAUUGACUUGAUAUACAUUAGUUGUUGUAGAGAGAGAGACAUGAGUUCAUGUUCCCUCUGAUAGGUUUUAGUAGCUUUGUUAUUAAAGCAUUAAUAAUUGUAUCCACUAUGGAGGAACUUGUAUUAUUAUUCAACAUUAUUAGUGUUGCUUGUAGAUAAGCAAUGGUCUUAAUAAUGUCUUGAACAAAUAGGUAAAAAGCCUACAAAUGACACUAUGUAGAAUUUUUUUUGUAUUCACAAUAUCAUGGUUAUUUAUUUAUCAUUUAUUGAAAUGUUAGGGAACACUUAGGAAUGACUUUCUGGAAAACAUUUUAAAAACACACUGUACCACCUAAA